UUAUGGAGGACGAUCCCAGAAUUCGUUUUUGCGCAGGCGCACAGUAAGUUCCGGAGACGAUGUGGAGGCUGACGUUUUUGUAGUAAUAUGUUAAAUUUAACUUGGAGGGUGCUGUUACAGCUGACAACAUGAUUGAGUUCUGCACUCCAAAACGGAUGACUGUAGCCAUUUUUGUGCUCAUUGUAGUAUCAGUGUUAGUUUUAUUUCUGGAGAACCAUUUUAGUGGACACAUUGAUCUCAAGAAUGUGACACACCUCUCAGAAAACCAAAGUGAAGCCAACGUGUGCCAAAUGACAGGGAAAAAAUAUGUUAUUGUAGAUGAAUGCAGACAUUGUACACCUUUUGAAAUGAAGCACAAAGUCGAGUGUCAACAGACAGGAUAUUAUGAAAAAGUCAAAUGUGGUGGAAAAGAAAAAUACCACAGUUGUCCAAAAAUCCACUGGAUGGAAGAGAGGGAUUACUGGGUGUUUGAGGGGGUCUCCCUCACAGUGGGACUUGUUUCAUAUGGUGUAGUGCAUAUACGACGGAAAAGAUUAGAUCGAUUACUUAUGGAAAAAGUGAACAAACAGAUAGCUUCUGGUGUCUGAUGAAAAGAAACAUUUUCUUCAAAGCUUUCUUCGGGCACAGAAAUUUUGGGGGAGGGUGGGGGUAAAUUUAAUUUAUUAGUUAUUUAUUGGAUUCCAUGGUGGAUUAUAAAUGGGAGGUAACUGUUUACUAAAGCUUGAUUGAAACAUGUUCUGUACACUGUUCAAAAAGCUAGAACUCUGCUUCACAAGUGGGAUAUUAUAGACGGUGUCUGUGCUCUUAAAUUCUUAGCUUGUUUUGAAUAAUUAUCAGUGUGUUAAGAGAUUGUUAAGUAUUUUAAGCUGAUGGUGAAUGGCAAAAGCAGUUUUUAUGGUGCAAUUUUUUCAUUUUAACUGAUGAUGAAAAGCAGGUGUUUGUUCUUCUCAUUGGCCGGUGAAAUCUCAAUAUCUUCUUCUCACAUCUAUGUAUGUAAUAUUACCAGUGUAAAUAUAUUUUAUAUUUAUACAUGUGCUUUAUCUUGGAACA